CUCUGCGCUCCGUCCUCCGCCUCAAAUCCGUUUAGCACCGCGGACAGCGCUCCCCAGCGCUCGCGCUCGGACACGCUCGCCUCUGCUGACGCGCGCGGGCUGUGACACCAAGACAGAGCAGCAGUGUGCGCGGUCGCCGCAGCGGCACAAUGGCCAAGCUGGCAGUCAUCGCGCUCGUGCUGGGCUCCUUUCUGUGCGCCCUGUCCGCGCGCUCCCGCGCCGAGGGGACGGACGACGAGAGCGAGCACAAGAGAGAGCUGCUGGACGUUCUUCACAAUGUCCUGGAAAAGCUCCAGAACCGAAGAAUGGGAGGCUGGGAGAGGAAAACGAGCCGCCUCCCUGUGUGUUACAUUGGUGACUUUUGUUCGGUGAAAAAGGGAUCUCGGUUUGGUCAACUCUGCGACUGUCCUCGGGGGUCCAAGUGCAACUUCUUCUUUCUCAAGUGUUUAUGAGCUUAACUGUGGAUUUCCUACAUAUGCUCAUAAUUGGCACAGUCAGUAAGUGUUAGGUCUGACUGCUGCGUACUUGCAAGAAACUGGCAAACAUGCCAGAGUAGCACCACACUGCAGGCAGUCUUACUAACAUGUACAUUUCUGCGACAAAGAUUUCACUAUUUUAUUACAUUGAAAUUAUCAUUUAGUUUUCUCUCAAACUGUUUUCGAAAUCCCACAGC